CGUCUCUGGACCAUAAUGAUAGUUGAUGAUUCUUUAUCGUGAGCUAAGCAAUAUACUUGGCGUUGAACAAGCUUCAUCGCAUCAAGCAUCGGCACGAAGCACGAGUUGGUUUGGCAUUGUUUGCCCCACGGCGAGAACCACGAAACAAGAAGUGGGACUACGCCUUUAAAGAUUUGACUAGAAAUCAUGAUUCAAAUUUCAUUCCAAUCAUAAUCACUCAAUCGGAUUUCACAAACUCUGUUCGCGGUCAUUAAAUACUUACAUCCCCGACUUUGUGUCGUUUCAGCUUCACGGUCCUCUCAUCUUUCAUCAUAUCAAGUCACCAUCGAGUAGUCUCGAUUCAUCAAUAUGCCAAAUAUAUCAUUAUAUCCUCUCUCUAUCAAAGAGGAGCUACAGAAGCAAUUCGUUGGAAAAUCAAUCAAAGAUGUGGCUGGCCCUGCUGCCGUCCUGGACCUCAGCAAAGUACAGAAUAACUGCAACCGAAUGCUGGAAGCUGUCGAGACUCUUAAGUUUGGCUGGAGGGCUCAUAUCAAGACUCACAAGACGACGGAGCUCACCAGAUUGCAAGUCGGAAGCGGAGCAGGACCUGUGAACAUCAUGGUAUCGACCGUGAUGGAAGCAGAGCAUGUUGCUCCACUUCUGCUUGAAUACAAAGGUGCAGGACGGGCUGUCAACCUUCUAUACGCCUUUCCUGUUACCCCAUCGGCGGUCGAGCGUCUGUCCUUGAUAACAAAGGCUUUAGGUUCCGGGGGACUGUCUCUCAUGAUCGAUCACCCUGCACAACUUUCAUCUGCUGUAGCUAUCUACAAAUCUUCCUCCAUCGCUCCCCAGAUCUUCCUUAAGAUUGACAUGGGCACGCACCGUGCAGGAGUACCUCCACAAACCGAAGCUUGUGCUCAACUAAUCUCCUCCAUUCUCUCCCUUGAGUCCUCUGGAACUGUCGAACUCUUAGGUCUCUACGCUCACGCUGGCCAAUCUUACAACUCCUCCAACCGCGCCGACGCCCUCGACCUCCUCCGCCAGGAAUUCGAAUCCCUCCUCGUGACGGCCCAAGCUGUACAAUCGGUCUCCCCAAACAAGGAUCUUGUUCUCUCCGUUGGAGCCACGCCCACCACGACGUCUGUCCGAAAUCUCCUCAUCGAUAACGAAGACACUCCCGUUGAAGAAGCAAAAGCAAUCGCUUCCCUUCGAGGCACCUUCCAAGCUAUUCGAGACUUGAAAUGCAGUCUAGAGAUGCAUGCUGGAGUGUACCCUACGCUCGAUCUUCAGCAACUGUCUACUCAUGCUCUACCUACGGAAGGACCGCACGCAAUGCUGACUUGGAAUGACCUCGCACUCACGAUCGUAGCUGAGCUCGUAUCACUGUACCCAGGUAGGGGUAAAGACGGCUCUGCUGAAGCGCUGGUUGGAAGUGGUACCCUUGCUCUGGGUCGAGAACCGUGCAAAGCUUACUCGGGAUGGGGAAUCAUGACGCCGUGGAACAGGCCUGAGGCACGAAUGCCAAUCUCUGGACCAGAGAAAUAUGUUGGCUGGCAAGUGGGUAGAAUAAGUCAAGAGCACGGUAUCUUGGUUUGGAACGGGCAAGGAAUCACUCCUGAGCCUUUGGAGGUCGGCCAGAAGGUCAGAAUCUGGCCUAAUCAUGCUUGCAUUGCUGGAGCCGGGUUUGGUUGGUACCUGAUUGUCGAUGAGACUAGGAAGGGAAAAGAGGAUGAGAUUAUUGAUGUGUGGCCUAGAUGGAGGGGUUGGUAGUCGUGUCGGAUACAAUUAUGAAUUAUGAAGGGGUUGUUUAAAGAUACACAGACGAAAAUGGAAAUGAGAUCUUUUGUCAUUGUUAAUUGCUGUUUGCACUCCAGAGCUUUAAGGUGUAGCUCGUGUUCUAGCGUGAGAUAUAUGCAGAAGCUGGUAAGAUGGUUAGAGAAGAGCUGGU